AUGCCUAAGUUACCAUAGAUUAGCAUGCCUUCAUUCAAAAGACCAGAAAUUGUGCAGUAAUAAAUUGAGAAAUACAAUCAAUUCACCAGUUAAUACUCAGGUUUAUUUCAAGUUCCUAAUAUUGCCAGAGAGCUAUUUAUUGUUAUCAUAUUGCUGAUGAUAUAAUUUGAUGUGAUACCUCCCGUAUGGACAUUAGUUACUUCAAAUCUACUUGAUACCAAUUUAGUUUACUUGUGUCUUAAUUUGUACAUUUUACAACACUUUAUGAAGGAACUUGAUAAUAUCUGGACCAAGAAGCAGCUAUAUUCCUUAUUAAUCUAUGUUUCGAUCUUUACUGGGCUCUUUGAAAUCUCAUGGUUCCAUAUAAAGUAAAAUUUCACUCUUUUUGUUAAAUCCUAUUAGAUCCUUCCUCAAGUCUAUCUUGGUUUAUUCAUGCUAGUGCAGUUCUUAUUUGAAUUAGACCAAGAUUUGAGACUCAUAAGUAGCUUCUACGUUUCUUGGUUUUUCCUAAGAUUCUUUAUGAAAAAUAAAUUAAACUCAACCCAAGUUGGAGAUCAAACAUUAAACUUUUCCUUACAUACAUUUUUCCCUGAGUAUAUCUAGGAAAACUUGAUGAAGGUGUGUGAUAAGUUUUAAGAUAUUUCAGAUAAAAUCUGGAUCAUAUCUAUAAUUCAAAAUAGGCUAAGGUCUCCAUUACAGAAUAGUGAUCCGAAUGUUAGAAAGAAGGCACUUGAAAACUUAGAUGAAGAAAUAAAGCAAUUAACUGGCAAGAAGAGUGAAGAUAAUGAUGAGGGAACUGUUCAGGGGUAAGGUUAGAAUACAAACACCACUAUUACAGGGCAAACAUCUGUAUCAAAAAGAAGAAAAAAUAGCGAAUCAUAAAUGCAGUUUAAUGACUAGGGAGAUGAAGAUUUCAGCGACAUUGAAAUCAAAAUUAAAGAAGAGCUUAGAAAGGAGUGA